AUGCAGCUGCCGGUGCCGGCCCUCCUCUGCCUGCUGGGCUGCUGCCGCCUGCGGGGCGCGGAGGCGCGGCGGUACGAGUCCGAGCUCACGGUGCCCAACGGGGGGCCCUGGGGCUCCUGGGGACCGCAGCAGCUCUGCCCCAGCGGCUACGCGAAGGGAUUUCAACUGAAGGUCCAGUCCUUCCAGGGAUUUUGGCUGUUUGGUGAUGACACGGCUCUGAACGGCGUCCGCCUGCUCUGCACGGACGGCACAGUCAUCGAGUCCUCCGUGGGGGGGUGGGGGAACUGGACCGAGGCCCAGCUGUGCUCCAGCAACAAGCUGGUCUCGUUCUCGCUGCGCGUGGAGAGGUGGCAGUACCUGCGUGACAACACGGCAGUCAACAAUGUGAGGUUCGCCUGCUCCAACGGGACACAGCUGGAGGGCUGGGGACUUUUGGGGGGUCACUUUGGCCCGUGGAGCAGCAACUGCACCUCUGGGGCCAUCUGUGGGCUCCAAACAAAGGUGGAGAAACCCCAGGGAAAGUGGGAUGACACAGCUCUCAAUGACAUGAGAGUCUUCUGCUGUGAGUGAGCCUGACUCCCCACCCCAUGACAGCAUCUACAAAGCUGUACAGCAUUAAACCUUGAA